AUGGAAAGAAAUGGAGAGGCGGCUUACUGGUGUCUUGUGAUUGGUUACGUUUACUUCGAUGACGAGUUGAAUGAAGAUGUUCACCAAAAGGAAAGCUUCUCUCCCGAGGAUCUUGAUCAAUUUUACGUGUUGACUCUCCAUGGAAAAAGUCGACAAAUUGGAGUUUGGGAGUACAAAAAUUUGCACAAUAGUAACGCUCAACUGUAUGAGAUUGGGGCAAAUCGAUCUCGAGAGGAUUAUGUCAUCCCGCCCACGGGAUUGGACGAGUUACGAGGCAAAGCGGUGAUCGUCAAAAAGAAAGCGACU